UAUUGACGUGGAGGACGCCUCAAAUUAAUCCGAGCAAACCUCAGCCUGCGGGAUCGCACAAAUUCGCCUUUAACGAAUGAAGAGCAGUCUGGCCGCUUCGUCCGAGGGAACUCUAACGUUUCUGCUCGUGGAGGGGCAGAGAGGUGGUCUGCGGAUAUUUUUGGUGCACUUUUGAGCUCUCCACACUGCAUGCGGCGGAGGCAGCGCGUUCAGCCAUUGAAGGGGGAACUGUUUCAAGGAAAGCAUCACGAAAGCUCGGACAAAUGGAGCAAACUUACGGGGAGGUGAACCAGUUAGGAGGGGUUUUUGUGAACGGACGACCCCUGCCCAACGCCAUACGGCUAAGAAUAGUGGAGUUAGCCCAGCUCGGGAUCCGACCUUGUGACAUCAGUAGGCAACUUCGCGUUUCCCACGGCUGUGUGAGCAAGAUCCUGGCCAGAUACAACGAGACCGGCUCUAUAUUACCGGGCGCUAUCGGAGGCAGCAAGCCCCGAGUCACGACGCCCAACGUGGUGAAAAGCAUACGGGAAUACAAACAAGCAGACCCCGGGAUUUUCGCCUGGGAGAUUCGGGACCGACUUUUAGCAGAUGGAGUAUGUGACAAAUACAACGUGCCCUCGGUCAGCUCCAUCAGUCGGAUUUUACGGAACAAAAUCGGGAACCUCUCCCAGCCAAACCAGUACGAGGCUGGCAAGCAGGCACCGCCGCAGCCGAGCCUUUCUUACAACCAUUUAUAUCCAUACUCCUACCCCAACGCCAUGUCCCCUUCCGGGACUAAAAUGAGCAACCCUCCCGGCGUCCCAGUCACCGGCGGACAUGUGAGCCUGUCCCGCGGGUGGCCUUCAGCGCACACGGUCAGCAAUAUACUGGGCAUCCGAGCUUUCAUGGACCCGACAGCUAUUGCUGGCGCUGAAGGGUACGCACCAAAAAUGGAGGACUGGGGGAGUGUGAACAGAGCCACGUUUCCCCCCACGCAUGGAGUGAACGGAAUAGACAAGUCGUCUAUUGACUCGGACAUAAAGUACCCUCAGCCUUCCUCCACUCUCUCUAGUUACGUUCCGCCAUGUGCCUAUUCUCCUUCCAACCAGUAUGGGGUUUAUAGUGGCCCAGCAGGUAGCUAUGUGGGCCCGGGUCCCCACUGGCAGGCUCAGGGGGCGACCCUCUCCCACCCAGGCAGCGGCAUGGCCAUCCACUCGGGGGACAUCCAUUCUGCUAUGCCCUUCAAACAUGCUACACGAGACGGAGACAGAAAACCCCCGAGUCCUCUCAGUAAGCAGCAGCAUGAGGCUCUGAGCAGCAUCCACGGCCUCAGCCUCCCUCAGCCUACCUCAUCCUCAUAGCCCGGGAAGCGCACAGCCUCCUCUCCUAAAGCUAGCAGCGCAUUUAGCUGAGCGCAUUUCAAGAACUCAGACUCUGUAAGUUCACACGCUCCUCUUCCUCUCAGCGCCUUGUCCCGCUCUGGCUCGGCCCUCUGUGACAGUCCAGGCCUGGCUUCUCAUCUACCACGCAUUUUUUUUCUGAAACUGAAAUGAAUGUAACGUUUUACUUUUUUGCAACUUGUUGUCGUGCCGCACUGUGUUGGUGGCUGGUUGUUGGUCUUUUGCUCCUCCACGCGCUUGUAUGUCUACGCUAUUUAUAAAAACGACUGCAUCGCCAUUGUCGAGGGUUGACCUGCCUGGGCAAUAGUGUAAUGUUAUUGGUUACUUCUCCUCAGCAAUACCUUCCAAAUGAAAAACGAAAAAAAGAAUAAAAAAUACUGCAGUACAUUAAUCACACUCAAAUAUGUGAACAAAGUAAUUAAUUGUAAAUGUAAAAUAUUACA